AUCGGCACUGCACGAUGCGGCGAGAUGUCUGAUAUCUCUCUGGUGGAGUGUCUGUGUCUACGGCUACGGGUACGUCGUAGACUGCGUAGACAUUGUUUGUCGCCUAGAUCUCGGGUGGAGUCAGUGGAAUCGCAUAUCGUAAAAGUCGGCCAAAAUCCUGGGACGCCUCCUCAUCGUCGUCGCCAGUCGUCGCUUGUGUCAAGUCAAGCUGAUCAAGCACAGGCGCAUCCAAAAUUCCGAACAGUAACGGCUAAGGCUAUAACUUUUCGAGCACACGGUAGCGGUAGUGACGGUACAACUGUAGAAGAGUACCCUGAGUACCACCUCGCAGUGGAGACGCACCAAGACCAACCAAGACGCACAUUUGGACGUUGAAAUUCCGAGUUGAAAUAUCGAGCAGCAUCGACGGCAAGGGAGAAAGCGAGAGACCAAAAAAAUUAAGUACGUUCUCGCAGCGCUUCCACUAUCCGAAGUCACUUCCGAUCCAAGUGGAGUGGCGCCAAGGACUAUGUUCUGUGAUAGACCGUGGUAGGUUAGGCACAAACUGGCUCAAGAUCUCGACCGUACAUUGCUUUCGCAAAUGAAGAUGAGCGGGGAUAUGUUCGAGGGGAAGGACUAUCCGACUCAGUGGGCGCUCAAUCCUUCCGCUUAUCAAAACAUGAGUAACGAUCAAGUGGAUUGGGCUGCUCUGGCACAGCAGUGGAUAAAGAUGAAGGAAACUGUCGUGCCACCAGCUCCACCACCACCCAGCAUAAAUCCUGUAUGCUCUGCAAAUGAUGGUAGUGGAGAAGCACCAAUGGACAUGGAUACCAAGGAUGAUGACGUACCUCCAGCGCCACCUGCACCGACCAUCAGUGGAUCCGAAGCCUGGACUCAGUGGAACCAAUGGGGUCACUGGAACGCCUCGACAUCCGGAACCGGGAAUUGGGAAUGGAGUGGUGUUCCUCCCCCGGGUGUUACCGUAGAUUCCGAUGGCAAACCAAUUGGACUUCCAGCCGUACCGGUUAUUCCACCUGCACCAACGAUAUCGACCACUACUGAUUUCAACACACCUCCCCCUGCGCCAUCGCUGUACUCGUAUAAUUCGGUGCCACCUGGACAACCAUAUAAUCAGGUUUCUAACUAUUGGUCUGGUGAGCCACCUAAUGCAAUAUCGCCGCAGCCGCUUCCUUUUAUGAAGGGCAUGAGGCAUGCAAGCAGAGGACCUCACAUGAGAACGAUGGAUUCUAUUCGAGGUCGAGAUGACAGAGAAAAGACACCGGAGGAAGAUACUACUACGACUAUAGACGCCGCAAAACGAAGACAGUUGCCGGCGUGGAUUCGUGAAGGCCUGGAGAAGAUGGAGAAGGAGAAGCAAAAGGCCAUGGAGAAAGAAAGGCUAGAGAUACUAAGAAAGCAGGAAUUAGAAGCUCGCAAGCAAGCAGAGGAUGAGGCGCGUGCAGUGCUCAAUCCAAGCAAGAGUAAAUUUGAUUCGGAUUCGGAAAAGGAAACCGAGCAGGAUUUCGAUGCGAAUAACGCACGCGGACAACAAUCUGUGGAAAAGAGCUACGAUCGCACCCCGGAUAUCAUUGUUCGGCCGCGAAAAUCACGAUUCAGGGAUGCCGAUUCACCCGAGUCUCAUACGGGACCCGAUGAGAGUCCGACCGCUCCGAUUAGUACGGUCCCAAUUGCGCAAAAACGAUCUCGAGAGGAAAUUUUACAGGAUGUGAUGUUGAAAGUGAGGAGAUCAUUGACGGAAAUACUUCUGGAAGUGACGAAUGAAGAAAUUGGCGCGGUAUGCAGGGAGGUUUGGAGCCGCGCACGUGCCAAAGUCCCUGCAGGAGAGAUCCCCGUCGCAUCCCUCAACAUGGCCCCUCUUGCUCAGAUCACUCAUGAAUCACUCGGUCUGAGCAUCUAUAACGACAGUAACAGUGAGUCCGAGGAGGAACAAAGCGAGCACACGCAGAUUCAGAAUGAUGAUAGCGAUGAAGAGUUGAAGGAAACGUUGAGACGGCGACAGCAGGCAUUUCGUAAGACGGAGGAGGAGAUCGAGGCACGGCUCGCCGAGGAAGAGGAGGAGGAGGAGCAGCGUAGCGAAGAGCAGUACAGUAAUAAGCAACAGGAAAAUCAUACCGGUAAUACUAGCUGCCGAGAGUCAGUUGAUGAAAAAGAAACGGUAGAUAAUCAGAGAGAAGCGUCCGAGACUUUGUCGAGCGGCGGUCAAAGCCCAACAGCGGCGGUGCCGCAGAACGUGCCAGCGACCGACGGCCAGCAGGUGGCGAAGCCGAGCAGCACCGUAUCGGGAUCCGCCGAUUCUGAGUCCAGCAGCACCGAGUCCACGAGCAGUUUGUCUGAGUCGAGCCGCGAAUCCGCGCCCAAGAAACAUCACGAGAAAGUGCGUAAGCAACAGUCACAGCAGCGCGAGCAACAGCAUCAACAGCGUUACAAUCGACGGCGGAAGUCUAAGAGCAGGAGCAAGUCACGAAGUGGUAGACGGUCCACCAGGUUAUCGCGCUCAUCCGAACGCGGAGGCGGCGGUGGCAGCGGCGGCGGUGGUGGUGGUGCUGGUGGUGGUGGUGGUGGUGGUAGUCACAAACGCCGGUCGCGUUCGAGGUCAGCGAAAUCACGGAAAGACUAUCGCUCGCGAUCCUCCAGCGAUCACAGAUCCAGUAGAAAGCGUCGCACGCGAUCGCGCGACAGGAAGCAUGUGAGAUCGCGUUCACGCAGCUACCGCCGCUCCAGAUCGACGUCCACCGACAGAAAGUGGUCUUCGCGGUCGCACUCCCGCAGAUGGAAAUCACGCUCACAUUCCAGAGAAAGGCGACGAGGUAGUCGGUCGCGCAGCAAGUCGCGCGGAGCGAAACGCGGAAGAUCGCGCUCGAGAACACGCAGCCGCUCGCGGGAUCACAGACGGUCAAGGUCCUACGUUUCCGGGAGAAGCCAACGGCGGGGCAGUCGAUCCAGAUCGCGAGACCGAAGUAGAAAGUCACGGUCCAAAUCGAGCUAUCGUGAUGGUAAGAAGUCGUCACAUCGAUACAGGAAUUGAGGUCAGGAUCCGCUCCUAGCCAAGCAUCUCCUACUGGCUUCUACUGGACUUCAACGUUUUACUAUGAUUCAGUUCGUCAACAUACACAGCAUUGUGGUACAGUUGCAAUUUUGAAUACACGUUCAAUCUCUUAUCUCAGAUAGUA